AUGUUGGGUCAACGGAACAUUAUACUGGGGAUUAUGUCAUCCAACAACAACAACAACAAAAACAAGGACGAUUUUAACAAGCCACAACCACAACAGACACAACAACAGGAACCACAACAACCCAAUACACCAACGUUACCUGAUCCAAACUCCAACUCCAACUCCGAUUCAACUAAAUUACCAAAUUUAUCCACUCUUCCAAUAAUAGGGCGCGAUUACUUCAAAACUUCAUCAAAACCGAUUUACGAAGGAGCCAAUGGGAUAAUUUUCAAAGGCACAGAUUCCCAACAUACAAAAGCCGUGGUUCUAAAACGUAUUAAACAAAAACCGGAGGAAUUAUAUGAGCAUUAUCUUGAUACCGUAUGGCGAGAAUAUUGUAAUGUUAAAGCAUCAAGUUCAUGUCGGAAUAUCAUUCCUGUGUUGGACAUUGCUGCAAUAUCACAUAGCAGUAGUCGAAGCAGUAGUGGCAGCCAUGAAAAACAGGAGCAAGUAAAAAGGGAGGAAGAGCAAGAGGAUCCCAUGCGUUUGGAAAAUGAAGUAUCCUUAGUCUUACCAUUCUACCCCCGUGGUGACUUACUCGACUUCUUAUCCAAAUCAAGACGAUUCCAAAUUGAAAUCACACCUAAUUUACGCGACUCCCUAUUCAAACAAAUUGUUCGUGGAGUCAAUUUCCUUCAUAACCACAAUAUAGUUCAUCGUGAUUUAAAACCGGAAAAUAUCCUAAUUGAUGAUGAUGGAGUACUCAAGAUUAGUGAUUUUGGCUACAGUUUCAAUUUAAAUGACCCCAAUGCCAUAACCACGAGUUUUAAAACUAAUCCUCAUUUUCUUAUAUCUGGUACACCAAGUUUCAAGGCUCCUGAAUUAUUUGAUAUUGAAGUACAACUACAACUGGAUGAAUUUAGUAUUAAUCAAUAUAGUGUUUCAUCUCACGAUUAUCAAAAUUUGAAAUUACUUGAUUUAUGGAGCUUGGGUAUAUGUUAUUUUGUCAUUUAUUUAAUGAAGUCACCGUGGUCAUCGGCAAAUUGGCAAGAUCCUAAAAAUUUGGUAUUUAUUAAAUAUGUGCAAAACUAUCCUCAUAAUCAAGAUCAAUUGAAGUCACUAUUGGCUGAAUUGAAUCGAUAUGGUGGGGGAGGAGGAGCCAGUGGAAGUGGUGGUAGUGCUGGAGGAGGCAGUGCCAACACAUCACCGAAUCAACGACCACAAAUUUCAAGCCUUGCUAACAACUCACUGUACCAUCAUCAAUAUCACAUGUCUAAUUACAACACCACCACCACCAAUCGAAAUAGAAGUACAAGUCAUUCACAAAUCAACUUAUCUCAACUCAAUUUCCAUCAUCAACAACACGGAAACGAAACAAACGCAAACUCGUCUUCUUCUUCUUCCUCAUCCACUCCUUCUUCACCAUCAACAACUGGGUCGAAUCCAGCAAUCAACUUGUUUAAAAGUCUUCAUUACGACUCACGUGAAUACAUUUUAAAACUCCUAAACCCUCAAUCGACAGCAAGAAUAGAUACUGGUGAUUUAUUGGAAAGCAAAUGGUUAGGUCAAGUUUAUGCUAAUCCUAAAGACUUGAUCAAAUUGAUGAAAUGA